CCGAGCCAUUCGCUAGCACGGUGUCUGAUUGAAAAGAUGGACUCAGAAGCUUUGGCAGAUUAGGGAAGGAUUCGUAGCUAGAAUUCGCUCAAAAAAUUGCCAUGCGAAUGGAUUUCACCUACCGCCAUUAUCCGGCCGAAUAUACAUCAAGGAAAAAGUACAUCAACUGAAAGUGUGUGUAUGUGUGUGUAUGUGUUGCGAGAUUGGUCUUGCGGGCGUUUCUCUUUCCCCGGUUUCUUGGACGAGAGUGCAUUUUGCGGCCAUAGUUUUGUCGCUGCCGAAGGUGCGUGUAAAAAACAAGAAAAAAUCAUCCGUCCCUCGCGCUGGUGGUUAAGUCCCCGUCCACGAGCUUAUUUCGCUUAACAUUGUGACAGUGGACUGAUGCAUCGGUGUCGGAAAAUAUGAACGAUCGGUAUGCAAGCAUGAGCACAAAAGGAUGCUGUUAAGUGAAGAUCGGAAAAGUGUAAUGAACCACGAAAGGAGUCGUCUGCAUAAAGCAGAAUCCACAGUGAAAAUUUGUUCUGUUCAGGAAAGUGAAUGCGGAAAUUGGCGCAAGGCACCGGGAUUAGUUUAGCUGCAGCACGCAAAACACACACACAGGAAAGGACACCCCGAGAUAGCUACUUCCUUUCCUAAAUUGAUCUUCAUUACGAAGUGUAUUAGCGCAUUCGAUGACGUUUGGUCGCUAGCGAAGCAUUGGAGCCUUCAUUUUCCCAUCGAUUUACAUGUGUGCAGGACAACCAGGUCACGUUCUAAUGGCACACCAUCUACCUGUCUAUGACGGUCGGAAGCUUCGGAAUUGAAGAGCAAGCACAUAGGGCGAAAUUUAACUAUAAGGAUAUCCCAAAAGUUCCUUUUGUUUUAAGAGAAACUGUAUUUAUAUAUCUAUUUAUUCGUCUGUUUCAUGCAUGUGCAUAUACUAUUUUAAUUGUCUUACUCUGGAUAGAAACGUUAAGCGUAAGAAAACCGUUCGCUCUAUCAGCAACAGGGCAUGCUACACAUUUUGGAAAAAUGUCCAUUAGCCUAUGUAUAACGAAUCCGUGCGCCACUACGCAGCAAACGUCCCAACCGACCACUAGUUCCAAGAUGGAUCGAACUCCGCCAUCCAGCGAAAACGGUGAAAAGAUGCAAAACGCUAACAAAGCAUACAGAAAAUCUGCUAUGCCACCGUUCCAGUCUGCCGCGGUUUCGAUGAUGUACUCGGGAUCGGGCAAGAGUAAAAAGUUUUACAAUAGUUCGGCUAAUCGAAAAAAACAACACAUAAUGGAGAGCUUAAAGAUGUGGAACGUUAAGAUAGCACCUAGUGGCCUGGACAAAUUUGAAGAUGAACUGCCGACCGAACCCGCCGCAACUAGUCAGAAAAAGGAGUUGACUCAUUCACUUGAGUCGACCGGAACCGGUCCUGCAAAUCUCGAACAAGAUAAUAAGGCGGGCUCAUCCAUUGGAGAGCUUAUCAAAUCGUCUUCGUCGAAAAAGAAGAUACAAGAAGCAAACAGCAGUAAGUGUAAACCGGAAGAGAUGAAAGUCCAUACCAUAACGAAAUUGGCCACAUCCAAGCUAGACCGUGACAUUACUAGCAAUCAUAAGGAUCAAACGGAAAAGAAGCACGCCCGAUCGUUUGAACACACUACAGAAGGAACUACCGUGGACGCGGAUGUCCAUAAUCAUGCAUCUUCUGCUCAUAUCAGCGACAUGUUGACAAGCUCGACCUCAGAACUAUCUUCUGGAUGUAGUAGCGAGGUAACUUCGAAAUCAAUCGCUUCCAUACCACUCCCGGCGUCUCAGCCAUCAUCAUUUGCGAUGAAAGGAAGUCACCAAAAGCACUCGCACAAAUCAUACGCUCGUUCAUCUGCCACGCUCAACGGUACUAGUUCAUCAGCUGCACCGACUAGCUUGUCUGUUGAAAUGCCGGCUGGUAGUAACCGUACCGGCAAAGACACAACCAGCACUGUUCCAUCAUCCGGCCAGUCACACGUAUCAGUGAUGUCUCUGAUGAUGCAGGGAAAUUCUAAGCAGAAUGAACCGCUCCGGUUGGACGCUUUUUCUGAUAACAUGUCCGCCGCAACGUCAUCAUCAUCAACUGCCCUUAAGAAAAGUAUCCAUCCCAAUCACCAUGUUGGUCAGCAUCAUACGUCAUACAUUCCUUCGCUCGGAGCUCAACAUUCAUCGAAACAACAGGCACUGAUCAAUCGACAGGACCCACACCAUUCGGUGCAACAGAGCACGAACGCAUCUUCGCACCAUUAUUCAUUCGAUUUUCUGCGUGAUGUUGGUUUAAAAAUGUCCGUAGGAAAUGUAGCGGGUGGAGGAAACAACAACUCCGCCGGCGAUUUACCCACGUAUCGAGGAUCGUCCCAAGCAAACUAUAAUUUUACUCAACAAUUCCAGCAGCACAUGAUGCAGCAUCAUCAAAACAGUCAGUUGCAGCAGCCACAUCACGGCACUAGGCAGUCCCCGCAUCAACAACAGCAACUAUUGCAGCUUCAUCAGAUUAUGCCGCAACAGCAACCCCAACAGUACAACAGAUCUCCAAAUGUGUACGGUGGCGAUGAAUUGGCACAACAUUGCGCGCUGAACGAACCACAAGGUUUUUCUAGUUAUGCUCUGCUUAAUACAACCGAGGGCCAUAACUCCAGCAAUAGUUGUAAAACUUAUGAGCUUUCAUCCUACCUUUACAACCAGAACGGUGGAGCUGUUCACUCGCAACAACACCAAGCAACACAUUACAAGCAGCCGAUGUUAGAGCAGUCGCAACAACACACUGUUCAGAUGCAUAAUUAUCAUCAGAAUAAUAACUACCAGUAUCACAAUCGUAACGGCCACGGGAGUGGUGGCAAUCAAUUGAGCUACGCGACGCAAGGUUCCGGCAGAGUGAUCGGUACAGUGGUUGGAAGAGAAAUUGGAGGGCGGAAUGGUAAAAAGUUCUGGAAUGGUAAAGGAAAAAACAGCUCAAACCAGACAAACGGUGGCAGUAAGCAACAGUUUAAUAAGGUGGAAAGCAUUGGUUAUGGGUAUCGGAAAAACUAUCAACAUUAUUACAACCAUCCGACUAGUGGUGGCAAUCACUACUACGAACAUAUCACAAUUCAACCGCAGCAGCAGCAGCAGCAGCAGCAACAACAUCAUCAUCAUCACCAUCAUCAGCAACAACAGUCCCAUCAUCAUCACAAACACUGGCAUCGGAAUUUGGUAUACUUGAGGGGAUACGAUAGGGGACACGGUUCUGUCUCCUCACAUGAAUAUGCCAAUGGUAACCAGCAUCAAGAAGUGGAACAAACAGGAAUAGCCCUCCAUUCCGCAUCAUCAAACUUUCCGGAAGGCGAAAAUAGUCCGGAAGAGGAGCUAGGCAAUUCGAAUCAAACCCAGGAGAAUGGCAACAAUGAACCGAAUGUCAAAACUCCGGAACCAAACGCUUCUGAUGCCCAUGAGCCGAAUAUCAGUGAUGUCUAUCGAGAGGUCCUCGAAAAGGACGUCGAAAAGGUAAAAACUUCCGAGUUGCACGAAGAGCGCGUGUAUGGCACGAGAAAAUUAUGCAACGUGCCACGUUCAUCAUCGUCCUCCUCUGUGGUGUCGAUUCCGUCGACGGAGUCAUCCGUAGUAUCGUGUAGCACAUCUCAGCUCGAAGCUACAGUCGCUAAUGUGCACGAUUACGAAUCGGACUCAUCCCAUUCUUCCGAUUAUCGGGAAGGAACAUUCCGCUAUGCAAAAUAUAGUGAUACGAAUGAUAAUAAAGCGUUUCGUUCUUCAUCGUCAACUUCAUCGGGAACUUCGUCUUCCUCGGCUUAUCCGCCUUUGGGUGAGUUUAUCCCAUCAGCACCGGCAUCUCUGCACGCCUCGACGGCAGGACUUGUAGGGGAAUUUAUCAUUCGUAGCCAAAGUUUUCAUGGUUCGCAUCAGAAUCUCGCCGCAUACAGUAACAGUGGUGGCAAUGUUGGCGAAGGAAAUCCUGCUGUCGGGUCACCGAAAGGAAACCCUAGAACGGUCACUGGCACACAGUCUGUGCCGGUGUUGGGAGAACUGUUUGCCCACAUGAACCAUUGUCAGGCAGCUCCCAUCCAAUUCGUUAACAGUCAAUCGACGGGUAAUUUCGGGAGUAGCACAUCCUUGGAAUUGGCGCUGCAAUAUGCAGCUACCAGCUCUUCAAGUUCGUCAUCUCUGUCUGCGUCAUCGGUGCCGCCCAACGAUUUCCAGUCGAUGCAGAGCGGACAUCCAAAGACACGCAGUCAAUCUGGACGUACUUCACCUACCAGUACAAAUGCACACUACCAAUCACACCGAUCGACGGUUGCUGUUUCUUCUGCGUCGUUGGCUAAUCACAACGCGAAAGGUCAACUGUCCAACAAAACAGGGAUUGGACGUAAGAACAUGCAAGCUGCCGUGAGCUAUGCACAUCGUUCCGCAUUACCUGGAGAUUUUCAGCCCACACCAGUUGAUCGUUUCAUUAUGCGUGCGAAUGAAGUCGAGAUGAAAACUCCACCCGAUGCGCUUACGAACGGCAGUAUGUGGGACAGCCUGUCCAGGGCCAUCUGGGAACGAUUUGCAGCAGCGCAACAAUCGCAAGAAAAGUACGUUCAAAAAAUGCAACUGUGGCGCGAUUUGUACGUUUGCAUCAAGAAAGGCUUUCCCAAGUACAGUCUCUAUCUGGUUGGUAGUACGAUCUCUGGUUUUGGUGCUGACAGUUCCGAUGUAGAUAUGUGUCUUGUUUCACGAAGUGGGCCUAGCUGUUAUGAUCAUCGGUUGGAAGCGCUGUUCAGUUUGUCGUUGGUGAAGGAAUAUUUCAUGAACAUUCCGUCGUCGAGUUUUAGCGAGUUUAGCCUGAUACAGGCGAAGGUUCCGAUUCUGCGUUUUCAAGAUAGCAAGAAUGGCAUUGAGGUGGAUCUUAAUUUCAACAAUUGCGUUGGAAUUAGAAAUACCCAUCUGCUGCACUGUUACGCACAGAUGGAUUGGCGUGUUAGACCACUGGUGUUGAUGGUGAAGUUAUGGGCCCAGCAUCACAACAUUAACGAUGCGAAAAACAUGACAAUAUCCAGCUACUCUCUUGUGUUGAUGGUUAUUCAUUUCCUGCAAUGUGGAACUAGCCCACCAAUUUUGCCUUGCCUGCACGCUAUGCAUCCCGAUAAGUUUAUGAAAAUCGUGGAUAUUCACAAUAUAGAAAUGAUCGAACGCAUCGAACCAUAUCAAACGGAUAACAAAGAAACUUUAGGCGAAUUGUUAUUAAAUUUUUUGGAAUAUUAUACAAAGUUUGAUUACGAACACCAUGCUAUAUCUGUGAGAACAAGUUCUAUCAUACCGGUGGAAGAAUGUCGCCUAGCAAGAAGUUACAAGAACGAUCCCCAUCAUUGGAAGCAUUUGUGCAUAGAAGAGCCGUUUGACUUCACUAAUACCGCCCGGUCGGUAUUUGACGGGGAUGUGUUCGAACAGAUAAAGUCUACCUUUGCGACAUCAUGGCAGAUGUUGAAAGACGACAAGAAUUUGAAUGUUCUCUUCGGUGAGCCAUUGUUUACACCGGUUACAUCGACACUGUCUAUAACUUCGUGAUCAUUAUACGUGUUCAUAGGAACGUUCCUUUGAAAUGCCCAAAGGUACGCGUUUGAUUAGGGUUUCAAAAAUUGAUGUUGCCCUCUUUUUACGAUGUUAGUUCCCUGUUAAACAAAGAAAUCUAAAUACCAAAAAAAAAAAAAUACAAAAGAAAGCAUGAAGCUGGUUUGAAAAGACUGACUGGUUUGAAAAUGGAGACGAAAGUUACAUGUCUGUCUUCAAUGUCUGCCAGAUAUUCCCGGGAGGAUGAAAAAUUACGCCGCAAACGGAGAGCAUUUACAAAGAUACAUGAGAAUCUUGUCCAGCAAAGAGAAAGCCAAGUUUAACACUGAUACUGAAGUAUUUCGAUCUAAUAAGCAAUUAACUCGCUGCCAUUUUUUGAAGAAAUGUACGGCUUAAGCAAUACUGUAAUUACCGUGUUCGUUAACUAUUACCGUUAGUAUCAGCAGGCACGAAGUGGGUUGGGCUGAUUCGGAAAUAUUCCUCGCCGCACGUGGAGUUGAUGCACAAUUAUCUAAUAAUGAGUGGUGCUUGAUAAGCAAACAUAAUAAUUGUACUAGAAGAUCGGAGAAAAAAGCGGAAGUUAUAUGCAAAGGAAGACACGAAUCCAAGGUGUGUGAAGUCUGGUAAUUCCUGAUAAAGUAUCAUUGAAUGAUCUCGCUUAGGUAAACCUUAAACCAACCAUUACGGUGCCAUUAAAAGAGAUAAGAAUGAGAAACCAAUGUUUGAAAAAGUAAAGGUACUGACAAAAGAAAACUCAUACAAACAAUGUGGGUAAGGUUGUUACUAGCGAUACCCUGCAAAACGGACCCAUAGGGUACGAUAAAUACGCAAACACUACUACGAACUGAAGUUUGUGCGGACCAAAAAAUCGAACUACACUUGGAUGAAAAGUUAGAAACAAAACGAUAGAGCGAUAAAGCGAAUCGUGAUGGAAUCGCGUGUUGAUGAAAAAUUCGAUUGGUUUGUGGUAUCGGAAACGAAAAUUUGUCGUUAUGAUAAAGCUUUUUCUAUCAGUAAGAGUAGCUAUUUCUCCAGAGAGUGAGACUUUGUUGAAGAUUAAAAGCGGAGUGUUUAGUGUGCAUCAUUGCAGCAUGAGAUGAGCAUAGAAAAUACAAUAAUUAAUCGUAUAAUCAAGAAGGAAAACGCAAGAAACACAACAAUCGAAACGCGCAUCAUCAACGCAUCUAACAACAACACUUUCAUAAAAGUAUCUGUUUUUAUGGUAGUUAUGUGUAAAACUAAUAUAAAAGACAUGGCUGUGAAAUCAGAUAUAUAAGCUAGGGAAUCCGUACAUCGUAGCGCCGACAACUGUGUGAAUCGGUGUAUGUAGUGAUCCUGCAUGUAAGUGUUAAUGCGUAAAGGGCAGGAGAACUUGAAGACAUAGGAAGAAUCAGAAUAAUUUAUAUUAUAUUUUUAGAGUUAAUUUAUCUGAACAGAGCAAUAGUACGGGGCGUGUACAUGUUCGUUGGAAAAAAGAAAGAGGCAGCGAACCAGAAGUAGAGUAAAGCCAUCGAAGGCAGGAAAGGUUAAUACAAUAUCGCGAAGGCAAGAAGUUCUCUUACAAGCGCAAUAAUCCAGCAAUUUAAUGCAAAAACUGGUGCGUUGCGCUUAAGUGCAAGUAAGGAGCGGUAAUGGAAAAAGAAUACGGAGGCUAAAAGAGAAGGUUAGAACCAAAAGCCAAGUUAGAAAGCAAAUAUUCGUAGAGAAAAAUGUGAAAACAUAAAAAAGCGCAAAAUACUUAAAGGAAGUGUAGAACAAGUGUAAGUCAAUGAAAAACAGACCCAAAAAAAACAAACAAAACGUAAGACCCAUUUAUGAGUGGCAUUUAGAACAAAAAAGGUUCAUUCAGAGAAGGAACACAAAACAGAGGCGAAGAAAGUUAAAGCAAAACCAGUGGUUUAGUAAUGUUGUGGAUCAAUUUUGUAACCCUCGUGUUUGGU